GGGCCGUAACACGAAACUAAAUAAAUGGCUGCAACAAUUUCAAGCAAAGAUAAAGAGAGAGAAAAUGGCGAUGUCUGUAAAUAUUUUGGUCUCUGCAUCAUCACGCGCUUACCCGUCCAGCUGCGUUGGCAACUAUUUGCACUCCUCCAAGGUGGAAUAUACUGGUUUUGUGGAUGGAGGGUUGAGUAAUUCUGGGGGCACUUAUAGGUGCCACCGUUUUGACUGUCAUAAUGUCCGUUGCAAUGCUAAACAAUAUUCUGAUACUGGGGGUGAAUAUGAGUUGUCCUCAAGUUCCAUCAGUCAAGAGGCUGAGAACUUUUUACUCAAUGCCGUAAACAUGAGUUUCUUUGAACGUUUAAACCUGGCGUGGAAGCUAAUCUUCCCAUCGCCUGCAUCCAAGAGGAAGUCUAAUGCGAAUAUUGCUAAGCAGCGCUUGCAAAUGAUUCUUUUCUCUGAUCGAUGUGCAGUUAGUAAUGAAGCAAAACAAAAAAUAGUGGGCAAUAUAGUAGGGGCCCUAUCAGAGUUUGUAGAAAUUGAGUCCCAGGAUAAAGUUGAGCUGAGUGUUUCUACCGAUGCAGCACUUGGAACCAUUUAUUCUGUUACAGUGCCUGUACGACGAGUAAAACCACAAUAUCAAGAAGAUGAUGAAACCGGUACAAUCACAAAUAUUGAAUACAAAGACUCUGGUGAAACUUCUGAGUCCAUUGAUGUCAAGUUCGAUUUCUAUGUUCCAGAUGAAAAUGAAUUUAGAUUCUAAAUCAUGAAAAUGUCAGAGGCUGAAGACGGUAGCAAAAAAUAGAUUAUUUCAAAGCGGCGAUGGCUUCUACCAACAUGUUGCUUCAUAUGACGCACUUAUGGACAUUAAACAUUGUAAAUAAUGACUUUUUCCGCUCAUAUAUAAGAUUUUAUCCUGAAAA